GGCGGGGCGGAGGUGUGGCUGUGUGCAGCGCACGAGCUUAAAAAUACGUGGUGUCAAGCGUGCAAUAAGUUUGAGAGUGUGGAGAGUGCGUGGAGGAGAGAAGAGAGAAAGAGAGAAAGAGAGAGAGAGAGCGGGAGCAAAAAUAAAUACACCCCCUCGUGGACGGAAGACAAGGAACAUGCCGUCAUUCGCCUUCAAUCAGUUUAUCGAUAGAGAUGAUCUUUUGUGCAAGCAACUUUUAAAUCUAGACAUGGGCGAGCUGCCAAAGACUUCUGCACCUCCUACAUCAGCGGUGGGAUAUCCAAAGCCUGGAUCCAUAACUUCUAACAGCUGGGCACAAACCAAAGAACUCCCUCUGCCGUCGCGAUGGAACAAGAUGGGUUUCUGGUCCGAGCGUGCCGUCAGUAUGGUGGAGGGUGAGACGGGAGGUCUGGGCUGGGCAUGUGACAAAACCGGGUCCGUGUCGAGCACUGCAUCUUUCGCCGGCUCCAUGUCGUGUGUGUCUUCCAGCACUGCUUCUUCACGCUAUAAGACUGAACUGUGUCGCACGUUCACAGAAAGAGGCACGUGCAAAUACGGGAGCAAGUGCCAGUUCGCCCACGGAGCCGAGGAGCUACGCGGCAUCAACCGCCACCCUAAAUACAAGACCGAACCGUGUCGCACGUUCCAUUCCAUCGGUUUCUGUCCGUACGGCAUCCGCUGCCACUUCGUUCACAACGAUGACGACGCACACCUCCGCCCUCACCAGCCCUCUCUUCCUACAACUACCCAGCGUCCGCCUCUCCUAAAACAGAGCUUCAGCUUUGCCGGCUUUCCUUCCAACCCCUUACCUCUGGAUCCCCCCUUUUCUCAGUCGUCGUUCCUCGGCAUGCCGUCUGCCUCGCCGCCUUCCUCGGGCACCGUCUCUGACCUCCUGGCCAUGGCGUUCCCAGAGUUCCUGCCCUCGCAUGACUCCGGCUGCUCCAGCAGUGAGCCGACUCCUACCACCUCGCCCUCUCAGAUGGCGCCUGGUGUACCUGACCAAAGUUUCAGCGUCUCACUGGGCACGCGGAGUCUGUCGCUCACGUCGCUCUCGGACCACGAGGGACGUUGUAGCAGCUCCGCCAGUAGCCUGAGUGGCUCCGAUUCGUCUUCGGCUAACGACAGCGCCGCCAAGAGGCUGCCCAUCUUCAGUCAGCUGUCUGUGCCUGAUGGUUUCUACAGUGAAGGCAGUUCAAGUUUCUUCCUUUAGAACCGUAGUUCUCGUUCUCGCACGGUUCCUGAUCUCGAUGAUCGAUUCUGCUAUCGUUUUGACAAUUUUGUAUUCGAGCUCAGUGUGAAGAUUGUACAUGCACCAUAUAAAGAAAUAUGUGGAGGAAUGCGUUUUUCUUUUCUUUUCCCUUUCCCUUCUUCCUUUAUGUUCCAGUUCACGAUCACAAUGUGACUCUGAAAAAAGAUGGAAGUUGAAUUGUGGGUUUGGAGUGAAACACUGUCUGUAAUCAGUAUUUAAAUUGGUUGCUGGUUAAAAGGAUUUAUUUAAAAAGGAAAAAAAGAGAGAGAGCGAGCGCGAGAGAAAAAAGCCAAAGAAUUUGACUCUUUUUGUAUGAAUGAUGAAUGUUCCAUAGAUUCAGUGUUUUCUCUCUGUCUACUGAGAUGAAUCUCUUUCUCAUGUCGCCUGUACAGAACUGUUGUUUUGGACAUGUUUCUUCUAGAAACUGCUGCAGUUAAGAAACUGUUUUUGUGUGUUCUUUGAAUUCUGUUGGGCAGCAGAGGAUUAGUUGGUUUUCAGAAGAAAGUCAGUCUUGUGAUAUUCUGUAGGGAUUUUAAUUUAAAUUGUGAUUAGGCGUAUUUGUGUGUGAGGAUUAAGUGACUCCCCCUUCUUUUUUUUCUUUUUUUUUCUUUUCUGUUUUUUUAAACAUGGUAUUUUUUUUCAAGGCUUCCAUGUUACAUAUAGAGUUGACGCAUCAUCCCAGCAGCUUGAAUAAUUUUUUUUUAUAUUUAUUUUAUUGUAUUUAUAGAAGACGUUUCAUGUUUUGAGUUAAGUUUAAUAUAUUUUUUUCUCUCCAGUUUUGUACUGAAAAUAAAACUUUUUUUUACAAGUAUUCAGAGCUUUUGUUGAGUCCUACUUUGGUUCCGAAAGUGUGCGUGGGUGUGCGUGUGUGUGUGAAAUGUUUUAAGCGAGCUUACAAGUUAGUCAGACUGAAUUGUAGAAUUUCAGUGCUUGUUGUAUUGAGGGUUUUAAUGGCGUGGCUCAGCUCGGAGACCGGACGACACCCUUCUGUGAAGUUGAUGUGGAUGCCUUUUGUUAUUCUUAACGUGGUGUUGGGGGUUGUUGGGUUCGGCCAAUCUAAUCUUGUAUGGAAAUGAUCGUGCUUUUGUGUCAUCAAAGUUUACUCUCCCUCCUACUUCUUCUACCGGUUACGUGCCCGGUGAUGCGUUGCCUCGAGUCAGCAGAGUCGUUUCCGCAUCUUUCUUUUCUACAUGCAGGUUGUUUCUUUACAAAUUUGGACCGGACGCUUCUUCUAAGGGCCACAAAGUCAUAAUGAUGGAAAAUGUUUUUGUGUGUAAAUCUCAUACAGAACUAUAAUCCUCAUUUUGUCAACACAGUUCUCUGAAUCAUAACUGGCACUCAGUUGACUCUACAUUUUUCUUAGUGCAUGUCUUGCAGUUCCCAAAACUGCAGUGUGUUCAGGGAUUAUACACCACCGUCCUACACCCCAAAUUUAAUUAACUGAUAAUGUAACAUCUUUCUUCUCCUAUAAUACAUGAGACAUCUCAAAAGCCUUGGCCUGGUCAUUAACAAGCAACUGACAGUUCAUCAUUGACUUGUCAGGAGAAACAAUCCCUUUGGUAAGACUUGCCUUUUGAAAAAGGUGGGACAGAGAAAGGGUUAAACAGCGACACUGUUCCCUAUUGUGCACCAGGAAGAUUCUCCCACAUUGCCUAGUGAGCCUGCACAAAGGCCGGCCGCAUUCUCACACAGGACCCGGAUCAUGUGGAAUCCUGAGCAGAUGGCAGCAUUCACCGUGACUUCAGGUCAAACAUAUGCUCUCCAGCC